AUGUCUUCCGCAUUUCAUAUUCAUAUUGGAGGUGCUGGUGUAAUGAUUGGUGAUAUGUUAUGGAAACUUUAUGAAAAGGAGCAUAAUGAAACUACUUAAAAGAAUUAUAUUUAUUAAUAAAUUGAUGACCAUCAUCAUCCAUUAGCAUUAUUUGCUGAUUUAGAUGACAGAAUGAUACAUGAAGUACAAAGGAAUAAAUAAGUAUAAUUUAAAAAGAAUUCAUUUUUAUAUGGAUAAGAGGAUGCAUCAAACGUUUAUGCUCGAGGUACUUAUACUUUAGGAAGAGAGAUUGUUGACAAAGGAUUAGAUUUUAUUAGAUAAUAAGUAGAAAUGAUGGAUCGAUUAGAUUAAUUUGUAAUUACAACUUCAAUAAGUGGAGGAACUGGAUCUGGUUUUUCUGAGCUAUUAUUAAGCAGAUUAAAUUGUGAUUAUGGAGAUAAAGUAAAAAAAAAUGGAUUUAUAAUAUUCCCAUCUUCAGAGAUGUCAAAUAAUAUACUUGGAGUUUAUAAUGCUAUGUUUUCAAUUUAAAUGACAAGAGAAUAUUUUUAAAGUAUCACAAUGUUUGACAAUUAGUCAAUGUAUAAUGUUAUUGAUCAUCAACUAGAUUUAGAUUUUGUUGAUUAUUCACAUAUAAAUAACUUGGUUGCAUAAAUUAUUAGUUAAUAUACUGGAUUAAGAAGAUUUAAUUCUAGUGAUAAUUCCAAGUUUUUUUCAAAUAUGUGUCCCUAUCCUUAAAUGCAUUAUUUUAUACCGUCUUUUGGUAAAAUGACUUUAAUAAAUGAUUACAAUAGAAAAGAAUUAGAUCAAAGCUAAUUCAUUAAAUAUCUCACUAAAAAAGAGUUAAAACUUUAUCAAUGUCCUCAAAAUCCUAGACAUCUUUCUACAACCUUAUUAUUCAGAUAAAAAGAAGUUAAUCAUUUUUAUGGCAAAUUUGAUUUAACAAUUUAGAAUUUAGACCAUUACUUUAACUAAAGCCCAAGAAUUUUUUAAUGUAAUUCAUCUAAUUACUAAAUAAUACCUGAAUUUGCAGAAAUGAAAAAAACUGGAACAUUUUUUUCAAAUGAUGCUUCAAUUAUUAGUAGAUUUAAAUUAUUAGGGGCCCAGUUUGAUAAAGUAUAUACAAAAAGAGCUUUUGUUUGGUGCUAUGUUACUGAAGGUUUAGAAGAAUCUGAAUUUUCUUAAGGAAGAGAGUCAUUAGCUAAUUUAGAAAAUCAAUAUUAUGAAAUUAAAGGUGUUAAUGAUUCAUAAAAUGCCUUUUACAGCAAUUUAUGA